UCUCCAACAUUUUCUCUCUGAAGCGCAAGGGCCAUGAGACCCUUCUUCAAGCCAGAUAGUUGCAGUGUUGAUGGAUUGUCUUCAGCGGGCAAUCCACUGUCCAGAGCCUUUGAUGCGCUGACAGCCGACAAGCAUCAUGCGCAGCAGCUGCGCGAGGGCUACUUGGGAGGGAUGAGGCCGCCGAUGGGCCCCUUAGGUGGCCAGAUGCUUGAUCCCAUGAGAGGUGACAUGGAGAGUGCCUGGCGAGAUGCUGGGGCUGGGCCGAUGGGGCCCAGACCCAUGGGGCCAGGUAUGGGAGCCGCAAUGUCUGACCAGUUUCGACAGCACAUGGAGGCUGCGGGUCCAAUGGCGUCUGAGCCUGGCUUUUUCGAUGGGCCUGCACCAGUUGUACAAAUGCCACAUGCUAGUGAUCCAUGGGCUCAGGAAUUUGCAAGUGCUGGCCCCUCCCAAGGUUUUGGACCGAUGGUCCAUGGUCCGCGGCCACACGGUCCUGACUGGGCAAUGGAGUUCAGAGCGCAACAGAAUAGCGCUCCUUUGGACGCUGCCUGGCAACAGGCCUCUGCUGCACCAGGUCAGAUGGCUUCCUCUUCUGCUAUGGGGCCAACAGCCAUGUCUGGGCCAAUGGGCCCAAUGAUGGGACCCAUGAUGGGACCCAUGAUGGGACCUAUGAUGGGAAUGUCCAUGCAUCGGGGGCCAGGGCCCAUGGCGGCCGCGCCUGUUGCAGCACCGGUUGUAGCAGAUGCGGCUAUGAAGGAGGCAAAGGUGGAAUCAGCUCCGCAAGAGACGGCGCAGGUUGAGGAGGCUGACUUAGAACAGGCAGCUCAAAUGGUUGACAUGCUCAGAAACAGUGGCAACCCGAAACUUGCCAACUCCCGAUUUGUUAGCUUCAUCGACAAAGUGAGCAAGGGCGAACUCCAGUUCAAGGAGAACACCGUCAUAGAUCGAGCAGGAAAUCAGGUGGAUUGGGACUCGUUGUACGACACGGAUGUGGCCACUGCAACCGCAUCAGAUCAAAGCCAGCUGGAGAACCUCUGGAAGAAGUCAGCGGAUCCGGCCAGUAUGGAGCAAUUCCUUGGGAGCACCUUCAACAAAGCAGAUGCAGAUCGCUUUGGGGAGGAAGGUGACUUCAACUUUCCACCAGACUUCUUGCAGUCUCAGCGUGAGGCUUUGGAGGCGGCUUUUGGCUCCACAGAGGAGGCUGAUAGGAUGAUGGAGCAAAUGAUGGAAGGUUUGCCCGGAUAUGAUCCUGGUGCCAUGAACAUUGAUGCCAUCAAUCGCGGGAGGGACUACACCUUUGCAGAAGAGAAUCCAUUUCGUGAAGUCACCGAUCCACUCGCGGAAGCCCUGCGGCUUAUUCGAGAAGGAAGAGAUAGGGAGGCACUGCUUUGCUUGGAAGCUGAGGUCCAAAGGAAUACAGAAAGCUCAGAGGGUUGGAGACUGCUUGGUCAGCUCUAUGCGGAGUUGGAUCAAGACAUAGAGGCAAUUCAAUGCUUGAGGAAGGGGCACGAGGUUGACCCCUACAACUUGGACAGUUUACUCGCCCUGGGUGUUAGCUGCACCAAUGAAUUGGACCAGCUUCCUGCCCUGCGCUAUUUGCGGACAUGGAUCGAAAAUCACGAGGAGUACCAGGCCCUUUUAGAGGGAAUGGAGCCUCCUCCAGAAUUCGAGUACGAGGCCUGGCGCCGACAAGUUACUGAGCUCUUUCAGCGGGCCGCAGAUGCCAGUCCCAAUGAUCCGGACGUUUUUGUUGCCUUGGGCGUGUUGCAAAACAUUAAUAGAAAUUUCGACGCUGCGAUUGAGGCGCUUGCAAGGGCGUGCCGACUGCGUCCAAACGAUCACACCGUCUGGAACAAGCUUGGAGCCACCUUAGCAAACUCGGGCAAGAGCGAGCCGGCAGUUGUGGCCUAUCAUCAGGGUUUGGAGUUGAAGCCAAACUAUGCUCGCAGCUGGUCGAACAUGGCCAUUGCGCAUGCCAAUCUUGGCAAGCACAAGGAUGCUGCUAGACUCUACCUUUCCUCGCUGGUCCUCAAUCCGGAUGCAACCCACAUCUGGAACUUUCUUCAGAGUGCGGUGCUGAACAUGAACAUGAACAGCCAGUACGCUUUGGAGGCAAUAGACCAGAGAGACUUGAAGGCCGCAACGCAGAUUAUCGAAGGAGUGCUUGACCCAGCAAAGCUGCCCAAACCUCUGGAUGCACCACUUCGGCCACCUGAUGAGACCCUCUCUUCGAUUGGGUUGUGAUGGAAGUGCUGGUAAUUCAUGGCCGCAGCUCUGACUUUUUGAACGCC